GAAUUCAGAGCGGCUAUUCGGUUGCAAUGACCAAGCAUCACCAAGAUAAAACUAAGCAGCAUUAGACACAUUCACGGGGGAACAUUUGGACAGAAGGAGGGGAGAGCGGUUUUGGCUUAUCACAGUUCUAAAUUAGAUCCCAUAGAACUAGGACAAGUAGGCUGCACCAGACAUUUGGCCGCAAUAGCUCGAGCGGUACAGAAGACUGCAUACUUGGUAAUGUGUCAUCCUUUGAAGGUCCACACAGACCACGGUGUUGUAGCUUAUCUAGACACACAAGCUUUCACUCUGACAGCUAUGAGAGGGGCUAGGAUAUCUGGUAUAUUGACCCAGCCCCAUCUCUCUUUCACAUCAGAAGGUGUGAAUAUGACAUCUGGAUUGCCACCUACUGAGGGUGGUCAUGACUGUGCAGAAGUAGCUAGGAAGGAGACGAAGGUGACGAACGCAGAGACAGCCGCCAGCCAAGGGAAGCAGGUUCCAGUCAUACCGCCAGGAAGCUGGGUGUGGAUUAAGGCCCAUAAACGCAAGUGGAGUGAUCCAAGGUGGACCGGUCCUUGGGAGGUAGUAUUGGCAACGUCACACUCGGUAAAGGUGAAAGGUAAAGCGGGAGCCACUUGGCAUCAUCUCACACAUUGUGCACCUGCUAAGGCACCAAGCCAAACCCUUGCGGAGACCCGAUUAAAUACCAGGCAAGUUAAUUCAGAGCCAAAAGACACAGGAGGGGACAAAGCAGCAGAAAAUGUCUCGCCCACAGCGUAAGUAUCAGUUGGUAGUAGGGGGUUCAAGUUCAGUUCGGGGAAGUGCAGCUGUUCACACAGGUGACGAUGACAUGACGUCUGUAAGUGAUCUAUCCCAUCCCAGUCGACAAGAUGUUUCCUUACCACCUAACAUCCAAGCAGCAAUUGCUCUCACGUUGACAUUCAAGGAAAAUAUAACUGCAUCUGUUCAAUUUGAUUAUUGUGAUAUUGCAGCCUGCGGAGUCCAAGACCUCAGGUUUUGGAGGUCGGACCAAUACUUGUGUUCCACCACCAACCGAUGUGGACCAGGAGUCAGGUUUGGUAAGCCAGUGGAGCAGUACGGCUGUGACUGCGAGGAGGCAGAAUGGAAGUUCGCACACACUGGUAGAUGGAAGUCAUCUAAAACUGGUCCUAAACCUGGGCUGCAAACCCGUUUAACGAUGCGGAAAAACCGAUAUCCAGAUUUGGCUAAAUGUGGGGGGGGGUUGUGCAAUCCACUAAUAAUCACAUUGAAAAAUCCAGAAUUGGGGGACAGUGGACUAUACGUGUUGAAAGGAGGGACAUACGAUAUUGAAAGCCCACAAGGGUUGUUUAAGAUUGUUGUUAAACCCUCUGCUAACAAACAGGAAUCCACUGCUGAUCAGGUUGGAGCUGAAGCUGACACUUCUUGGGAGGGUGUGGUAAAACGGGAAACUGGAUUCUCGGAGUCUAAUCUAUGGCUCCAAUGGGUACAGUAUACUGCCACAAACAUGCACAGUACAGAUUGUAUAGUGUGUUCUCAACCUAGGCCUAUGCCCACUCCUGUACGUUCCAGAAUCAGACCAAUAAGUCCUAUAUUCAAAUGUAUACUGGAGCUCUUUGUCCUGCAGACUCAGCCUGUCCACCAUACUUGUCUAGAGUUCCAAUGGGAUUAUCCGCCAGCUACCUUGAGCACGCCACCUCAAUUUAUGGUUCCAGAUGGUACAUUUGAUUGCAUAGUAUCAGAGAUUACGGGAGGGAUAAAAGUAGGUGACAUUGUAGGAGUAAACUGUACCACAGUUCAGUUUGCUAAUGUCACUCGAUAUUCAAGUGUGUUGAAUCAGACGAUUUCCAGAGCCGACCUCUGGUGGUGGUGUGGAACUAAGGUUAUUUAUCCAACGCUGCCAGCUAAUUGGACGGGUACUUGUGCAUUAGUGCAGCUUAUCAUGCCAUUCUAUGUCUUUCCAGUGAAGGAGACCUCAUUUCAAGACUUGAUUUCACCACACAUCCUCACAAGGAGAGCGAAGAGAUCCACUAGUCCUGCGGGCUCAUUUGAUAGUCAUGUGUACUUAGAUGCCAUUGGGGUGCCCAGAGGGGUGCCUGAUGAGUUUAAAACCAGGAAUCAAAUUGCGAGCGGCAUAGAAUCCUUUUUCUUCUGGUGGGUGACAAUCAAUAAAAAUGUAGACUGGAUUAAUUACAUAUACUACAACCAGCAGCGAUUCAUAAAUUUCACCCGGGAUGCCAUAACAGGGCUCCACGAGCAGUUGGAUAAGACUAGUUUGAUGGCAUGGCAAAAUAGAAUGGCACUGGACAUGAUCUCGGCAGAGAAGGGAGGAGUCUGUAGAAUGUUUGGAUCUGCCUGUUGUACUUUCAUUCCCAAUAAUACAGCGUCUGACGGAUCGGUGUCCAAAGCACUGGCUGGACUGACAGCUCGAACCAGCAGCUGGCAGACAACUAAGGCGACGACAAUCCUCUCACCAACGGUCAUGAUCUAGUCCACUACGGAUGAAGCUGCAUCUCCUGCAUCCUUGGAUUCCUGCAGGGAUUGAUCGAUAUUGUGUUUAGUGAGACUAGCAUACAGGGAAAUCAAUUGCGAGUAGAUGAUGAGGGACAAUCACUGUUGACGGAUGUGACUGUAUGAUAAUUUUUCUGUCUUUGAGAGAUGCUCACAGUGAACUGUGAGCAAGGAGGGAAUU